CCCCCGUCACGAUGUACGAUCGUGCUCCCCGCUGGCUCAGGAGGGCCGAGGGCGGCAGCACCGAGGAGCACGUGGGGCCCGGGUCCUACCAGGUGCUCUUCCCUAAGCAGCGGGCCACAGGUGGCUAUGCACCAUUUCUUUCUUUGAGUUCCAGAAAAAGUGCUUAUGCUGUUGCCGAGGAUACUGGAAAAGCUGUUCCAGGUCCAGCACACUACAAUGUAUCAGAAGCACAGUAUAAAAUAAAAGGAUGCCGUAGUCUGCAAAACCGAGAGAAGCGGUUUACGAAGCUUGCUUCAGAUGGUCCAGGCCCUGCAAGCUACAAUCCACCUCUUCGUGGGACACUGUGCACCAUGAUCAGACAGAAAAUUUCUAGUAGAACACCUGCAGUUUCCAAAAGCAUUGAUGUUCCUUCAAUUCCCUCUCCUGGAAAGGCACACGGCUAUCAUCUCAAUGAUGACGACAGUAUUCUGAGACGUACACCACCUGCUAGUGAUAACACAAUAGGUCCAGCGUACUACAAGCCUCAGUUUGAUUAUCCUAAAUCCUCUUUGAAAUACAAAGGUGUACAUUUUGGCUAUGGUACAGGAAGACAAGAAUUGAUCAAGCAUUCAGGUCCUGGUCCUGGACAGUAUGACAUUAUCCAGGAAAGGACAUUACAGUAUGAAAAUAUUAACAUCAAGAAAGAUAAACAGCAUGACCGUUAUGCAUUUGUCCCGCGGCUUUAUGAAGAAAUCAUAUUGCAGGAGGAAAAAAAGGAAGUUUAA